UUUUCAAUUCAUUAGCUAAGACAGCUAACUAGCUAGCCUUCCUUGGUGUGUACACACUCCACGAUGUAGCUUGAGCAGCGUGUACGUCAGUCAAACGAAGAUUAUACGACGUACUAUUUGGCUUUGGCGUGCAAAACUAGUAGAAUGUUACGUUAAUGCUAAUAUGUGCCGUCAACUAGUGCACAGCUUGGGCGCACUAGUGACUGUGCGGUAGUAAUGGUGAGGACAAAGAGCGUACGAGUAUCAGAUCGUGAUUACCAUUGCUGUACCAAGCAUAAAGUCGAAAACUCUGAACUCAAGCCAAAACGUGUCCAGGUUUCGCAGCUAUAAAUAUCUUCCUCCGCGUUCUCUCAUCUGGACCGUCAACAUCAAGGGACGGGCGAGCAUGAGCGGCUUGGACGAAGGCCGCGGCGAUCCGGCGCUCGCGCGCGACGACCCGCCCGAGCCGCUUCUUCGAGGUUUGAAAUUGGCAUCGCACGCCGUGCUGGAGGACGUGCAGCGGAGGGGCAGGUCGAAAUGUGCGAAAUGCGGCGGAUCGAGGAUGUUCUUCUGCUACACGUGCUGCUUAUUAGUGGACAUCAGUCUGCAAGAAAUCCCCGUCGUCAAGCUUCCAGUGAAGAUUGACAUCAUCAAGCACCCCAAUGAGACAGACGGCAAGAGCACUGCGGUUCACGCCAAGAUCCUCGCGCCCAGUGACACCACCAUCUACACGUACCCGUGCAUUCCCGACUAUGAUCAAGACGAGGUCGUGUUGGUGUUCCCCGGUCCAGGCGCUGUCACAGUGCGAGACAUGAUGCAGCGUUUGCAUGAGAGGACUGACAGCAGGUCACAUGGCCCCCGCUUAAGGAGGCGGAAACUAGAGCACGUUCCAGACGUUGCGCACGCUACGGAAGGUAACGGGUCGGGGGCCCCGGAUCCAACGAAGAGCUCGGGAUCGAGGGCGCAUCCCCUCCAGAGGGUGGUCUUCAUUGACAGCACUUGGAACCAGACCAACAAAAUCAGCACAGAUGAGAAACUACAAGACUUGCUCCAGGUGGAGCUGAGGACGAGGAAAACCUGCUUCUGGCGCUCUCAGAAGGGCAAACCAGACACUUACCUCGCGACGAUCGAAGCCAUCUAUUAUUUCCUCAAGGACUUCCACGAGCAGUGCCUUGCUCAAGAGUACACCGGGGAGUACGAUAAUCUUCUCUUCUUCUACUCUUACCUACACUCGGUCGUCAACAAGUCAAAGGAGGGCGGAAAGAAGGAUGCCAAGUGGAAAGAGAAACAGCGGGAGACUGAAACAAGACUGUAAAUCCAAGUCGAGUUCCCGUUUAAGUUUUGAUUUUGUAACAGAUGGAAACAUUUGUUGGACUGCAAUAUUAAGGAUUUGCAAUGACACUGUAAAAAUAAAUAAAUA